GGGGAAGGGAGCCCGAUAAUGGCGGCCGGGAGGAGGGAGCUCCGCGGCAGCUCUGAGACACCUUGACCUUGAAGAUGGUGAGUAGCCAGCCAAAAUACGAUCUAAUAAGAGAGGUUGGUCGUGGCAGCUAUGGUGUGGUAUAUGAAGCAGUAGUAAGGAAAACUUCUGCACGUGUUGCGGUGAAGAAAAUUCGGUGUCAUGCUCCAGAGAAUGUAGAACUAGCCUUGCGUGAGUUCUGGGCACUUAGUAGUAUUAAAAGCCAACACCCAAAUGUAAUCCACUUGGAAGAAUGCAUAUUGCAAAAAGACGGCAUGGUUCAGAAGAUGUCCCAUGGUUCCAGCUCUUCGCUUUAUUUACAGCUUGUAGAGACCUCCUUGAAAGGUGAAAUUGCCUUUGAUCCCAGAAGUGCCUACUAUCUUUGGUUUGUGAUGGAUUUUUGUGAUGGAGGUGAUAUGAAUGAAUACCUCCUAUCCCGAAAGCCCAGCCGUAAGACCAACACUAGUUUUAUGCUUCAGCUCAGCAGCGCCCUGGCUUUUCUGCACAAGAAUCAGAUCAUUCACCGUGACCUCAAGCCUGACAACAUCUUGAUCUCUCAAAGCAGGAUGGAUGCUAGUGACUUGGAACCUACUUUGAAAGUAGCUGACUUCGGCCUAAGCAAGGUUUGUUCAGCAUCAGGACAAAAUCCCGAAGAGCCUGUGAAUGUAAAUAAAUGUUUUCUGUCUACAGCUUGUGGCACAGACUUCUACAUGGCUCCUGAAGUUUGGGAAGGUCACUACACUGCCAAAGCAGACAUUUUUGCAUUGGGGAUUAUAAUUUGGGCAAUGUUAGAAAGAAUCACUUUCGUAGACACAGAGACAAAAAAAGAACUCUUGGGCAGUUACGUGAAACAAGGGACCGAGAUUGUACCUGUUGGAGAGGCAUUGCUGGAAAAUCCAAAAAUGGAACUACUCAUACCUGUUAAGAAAAAGAAAAUGAAUGCUCACAUGAAACAGCUGAUUAAGGAAAUGCUUGCUGCUAACCCACAAGACCGGCCAGAUGCUUUUGAACUAGAACUCCGGUUAGUCAAAAUUGCUUUUAAAGACAGCAGUUGGGACACGUGACUUGUGAAGUACUUUGCCUUUUUGGCAGAAAUGUGUGUAACAAUGGUGCAGCAUUUUAAAGAAGCAAAAACCAGACUAACCCACAUUUUAAGCGUCAGGGUUCCAUAUGUUUUCCCCAUUGCAUUUCUCUCUUAUUUUUGUACGCUAAGCAAAAGUUGCUCUUCUUGUUUCAAUAUCCAAAUAUGUAUAUUUCCAAAUUACAUCUGUAAAAAUCUUUCCAGCUUGUCAGGAAAAUUAACAAGUUAGGCAAUGGUUUUCUAGGAAUACUUUAUGGAAUAUUUCAAACAUUCCAAUUUCUUACUGUAGAACAGAGGUCUUCAAACUUGGCAGCUUUAAGACUUGUGGACUUCAACUCCCAGAAUUUUCCAGCCAGCAUAGCUGGGAAUUGAAGUCCACAAGUCUCAAAGCUGCCGAGUUUGAAGACCUCUGCUGUAGAAUCUUGAAUACCCUUGAAGGAGAAGACUUGCAUGCUGGUAAUGCAAAUCAUCAGUCAACUUUGUAGAGUAAAUGUGUAUAUAUUUAUGUCACAAUGAGUGAUGUAACCCCUUCCAAUAUGGAAAAGAUAUGUCCCAAAUUUAUAGAAUUCAUAGAAUUGAAUGAUUGUGACACAUUCUUUGAUGCCCCAGCUUCUGUGUCCGUUUCCUUUUCUUCCCCGUAAAACAAUGUGAUGACACAAAAUGAGGUCUACCGAAUGAUGCACAAGGAACCUCUGAUUCAAGCACUGUAGGAAAAAUCUUAGUUUGGAAGGUUGUAUUAAAUAAACGGAUGGCUCAUUCCAGUUGAGGUGCCAACACUUCGUUGUGAUACCGUACAUUGAGCUACUUUUUUCAAGGAUAACCAAAUGAUUAUUUGGUAGACCCAGAGUUACUGGUCACAGCUAUAUUUUGUAUUUGACAUUAUGGUAAGUCUUUUUUGAAUUCGGUAUUUUUAAAAAAAUCUUUAAAUCUUCAACUAUGGUUCCCUCAUGUUUUAGUUUGUCGUUUGGCAGAGAUUCAUUACCUUUGUUCCCCAUACAGUUUGGGUGAAAAUUAGAGAAAAUUGGGCACUGUUUUCUUAACACAUGUACAGAGAGUGGCGUGUAUAAUUAGUUCAACCAGAAGCCUAAAUGUUCAUUCCACUACCAUUGUGCCACACUGAUGUGACAUUACUACUAUUGCCCACUGUACUGGAUCAUAACUCGAGUCUGUACUGCUAAAGUGAAUCUCUCCCUCUUUCUGUUUUCAUCUGAAGCACUCGGCAACCUGCUUCUCUCCCAGGCUACUGGUUUGCAGGUUGCAGCAUCUUGUUCAUACAUACAGUUAAAAAGAAUUGCAAGCCUGGUACAAUAAGCAAAUGAAAACUCAAUUUAUGAAUAAAUACCGGAAGAUAAAUUUCAUGAGAGGAAAUAGUGUAGUAUAUGCCUUCAUGUCAAAAAAAUGUCAAAAACAUUUUAUUGUACAGGUUGAAACUGUCCUGAUGCCAUCAGCUACAGCACAGAAACCAGAAAGUGAACUGCCCUAUGUUUCCUUAAAAGAAGCACUGUAGAAAUUAUGUAUUAAAAUCCUUGUUCGUUAUACCUAGAACCUGAAAAGUAGAUAAGAAAAGGUAUUUGUUUACUCCUUAGCUGCUAUGUCCACAUUAAACAAGGGGACAUUCAAGGGGAUAUAUUUCUAAAACUUGAAAAAUAUAUGGUGUUCUUUUUUUGUUCAGUAUAGUUAUCAGUCAUGUAAUAUAAUCCUUUGGUUGCUAAUAGUAAGCAAGUCUCACAGAGUUCAGUGAGGUAAGUAUGCAGAGGAUUGUUACUUUAAUAGUUGAUACAAUUUUGGAAAAAAUCAAAUUAAAAAUUUUCAUUAAAAUAACAAACAAAUGUCGUAUUAACAGAGAGAGAUAUUUUAAGAGAAUUUCAACUAGGGUAGCAUAUGUCUGGCUUGCAGUGCUAAAUUGUUUUAGCUGAGGAUCCAGGUAAUGUUUGUUCUUUAACUGAGAGGAUAAACAAGGGCUUGACUUAUAUACAUUUAGAAUAUCAAAUUUUCAAAGUAAUCAAACGUCUUCAUUCUUUAAAGCACCAUUUGUGCCUUUAGAGACAAGAUUGCAUUGCAUACAGGAUGACCGUUCUAUGGUUAUCCUGUGCUUAAUGACAUUGUAUCUCCUGUCAGCUGAACAGUUACAUAAUAUUUGUGUCAAACAAAAGAAUAUGAGUGCAGGAUCUUGAUAGUCCUUAUGUAUUAGAAAAACCAGCAACUCUCAACCACAUAUGUCCUAACUAGUCUGAUUACUACAUACAGUUUCUUGGCAAACAAGUCUUUCAGAUUUUUGGAUAUAUUAUUUGGUGUACUUUUUAGUGCAGUGCAGAAGCUACAAAUAGAGCAAAUUAUAUAUUGCCCAGUAACACAGUUAAUGUUAAAAGUGCACUUGUUUCUUAUUUUAAAAAUUGGGGAAACUUCCCUGGUCACUUCUCUUCAUGGUGCUUGGUAUGUUGGCAUUGAAUGCCAACUUGAUUGUUCCAUUUAUUACCUACUGAAUAAUUGUCCCUUAAAAUCUGUGUGUGUGAUUUUUGUUGUUGCUUGUGUUUGGUUUGAUUUCCUGUAAAAUCUUUGAAACCAAUUGUAGCAGUCACAGAACAAUCCACCAGCGUAACAUAAAACAAAAAAUAACUCAUCAGCACUUCAAAAGAGAAAGGAGUUUCAAAGCUUUCUCUUAUAAAUUGUAAAUUUUAUUUUGUGAAAAUUUUAUUAAGGGGGGAAAUUAUUGUGUAAUUUAUUGAGUUCAUGACUUUUUUUAAAAAAAAUAAAAGUCUGAAUUGA